AUGUUUGGAACUCUUAGGAUCGGAUCCGAGAAGAACUCCGCGGAAUUUAUCGAACAUGCCAAAGGAGAGGCUGCAGGCCGAUUAGGGGGAUACGUCUUCUCACAUUCAGCUUGUGAAAGCUGCCGAGUGAAAAAGCUACGUUGCAGUGGACACAGGUCUGGCUGCCAUCGCUGCAGAAGCCAGGCGCUGAAAUGCUCUUACCAAAUAGCAGCCCAGAACAACAGCUCGCGGCCGAAGUCAAGCUCACACUUCCAAGCCAACCUCUCUAACACCAGCGAGGCAGCUGGCACCAGCAACACUCCGAGCCCUCUGGACAAUAAUGGCGUCGAUCAGGAGAUCGGCGGGUGGGGAAUGGCUGAGACCGAUGCGACUGGCAGUGGCAAACACUCGAACCUUGACCACUUGCGUCAGGGACGAAGCUUCGCCGGUGAGCUUGACUAUUCCGAAAACGAACUUAACGAUAUAUUCAGCAACAUCGCCUAUCUCCAGCCAGACGAUAUACAGAAGAACGUUUUCAUGGGUGCCGCAGAUCCAGCUCCCCUCGGUGCCGAGGCCUUUGACUCGAUGACCGAAACAGCAAAUUCUGUGCUGGACGACAUAGGCGACAUCGCAGCAUCUCAACCUGCAUCCGCCGAUGCCCAGUCAUUGUUCAUGGCUUUUGAUCAUGCACGCACCUCACCGUCCUCGUCGUCACGCCAAAAUUCCGAUGCCCCGGCUAGCGACGAUUUUAUCGCAGCAAAUUUUGGCCGAGCUAGAUCGGGGUCGGACCCAUCAAGUUGCCAAUGUCGAGGAUCCAUCCUCGGCGUCCUUUCUGAGAUCGAGUCAAACAUUUUAUCCGCCAGUCCCAGCAACAUGUAUGCUAUUUUGUCAUAUCUGCGUCGGACAACGGCAGCAAGCAACGACAUCUUGACAUGUCGCAUCUGCAACUGCAGAAUAAAGUUCUUCGGACUUCUUGGGAUCAUUGGCGAGAAGAUCACUAGCCUCUCGGGAGCAAUCAUCACCGCAUUCGUCUGCCGCGUGAAGGAGCAAAAUGACUCUGUGGAUUUCGCCGAGUCCGAUUCUUCUGGCAAGCGUCUUGACCGCAACAGCGCAAUACGGUUGGGCGAGUUUCAAGUUCAGACUAUGCAGGAAUUCAAAGUCGUAUCAGCUGCCGUUAUUAAGUUGCAGUUGAAGUAUUCGGUGACCUUUGUCUCUCGCACUCGUGAGCUUGCGAUAUCAAUGAAUCAUCUUGCACAAGCUCAGAGCCUUAAGAAACUUGAAAGCAGACUGAAAGGGCUCUUCAUCAAGAUGCAACGAUUGGUCUCGGAAGUGUACUCAGAUUGUUGCGAUAUAUGA